CAUACUGCACAUGCGCGGCGGCGCGCGUGUAAUUUCUAUUUGGCUCAGCAAGUGUCCCGACGUGUCUUUUCUACUAGUUGUUUUGUAACGACUAGUGUCGUUUAGAGUGGGUCGUUUGAAGCCGAAACUUUGGUUGAGAACCUUCUAUAACUAUUUGACCACAUGAGAUGCAGUGAUGGCAUCAGAGAAGAAGCUGGACACAGAGACACAUAAGACACAUGGAGCAUCAUCAUCCUCUAAGUCUGCCCCUGUGAAGCCAAACUACUCAUUGAAGUUCACCCUCGCAGGCCACACAAAAGCUAUUUCAUCAGUGAAAUUUAGCCCUAGUGGUGAAUGGUUGGCCAGUUCAUCGGCAGACAAGCUCAUCAAAAUAUGGUGCACUUUUGACGGAAAAUUUGAGAAGAGUCUUGCUGGACAUAAACUUGGAAUAUCAGAUGUGGCCUGGUCUUCAGACUCAAAUCUUUUGGUGUCUGCAUCAGAUGACAAGACACUAAAGAUCUGGGAUAUGAGUUCGGGAAAAUGUCUAAAGACACUAAAAGGCCACAGCAACUACGUCUUCUGUUGUAACUUCAACCCACAGUCGAAUCUUGUUGUUUCUGGAUCUUUUGAUGAGAGUGUACGGAUUUGGGAUGUCAAAACUGGGAAGUGUCUGAAGACCCUGCCAGCUCACUCGGACCCAGUCUCAGCGGUUCACUUUAACAGAGAUGGAUCUCUGAUAGUAUCCAGUAGCUAUGAUGGUUUAUGUCGAUUGUGGGACACUGCUUCAGGACAAUGUCUGAGAACUCUUAUAGAUGAUGACAACCCUCCUGUCUCGUUUGUAAAGUUUUCUCCAAAUGGAAAAUACAUUCUAGCUGCAACACUGGACAAUACCUUAAAGCUCUGGGACUACAGCAAAGGAAAGUGUCUCAAGACAUAUACUGGACAUAAGAAUGAAAAGUAUUGCGUGUUUGCCAAUUUUUCUGUGACUGGAGGAAAGUGGAUCGUCUCAGGCUCUGAAGACAAUAUGGUGUAUAUCUGGAACUUGCAGACCAAAGAAAUUGUGCAGAAAUUACAAGGGCACACAGAUGUAGUGAUCUCGACAGCUUGUCACCCUACAGAAAACAUCAUUGCAUCAGCAUCCCUGGAGAACGACAAGACCAUCAAACUGUGGAAGAGUGAUUGUUAAGUUAAAGCAUAUACUUGAGGCUUUAGUUGAAAGAUUCAGACUGAUGACUAUAAAUAGUAUCUGUCUUUUACAAUGGUUUGAUAGCACAUGGUUCAGGCUUAUCUGAGAGAUGGGCAGGUCCUAUCUGCUUAGAAUAGUGACAUCUCACUUAUCAGUAAGAUUUUCUCCCCUUAAUAUACUGUAUAAUCUACUGUAAUGUUCUCGGUUCAUUUUAAUUUAUUACAGAAGAGCAAAUGUUUUCUAUCAGAUCAUGAAUUCUAUUGUUUUAUGGUUCUGUUUGGGUAAGGAUAUAUGUACUUCUGGUAGGCAUACCAAAAAUGUAUAUAUAAACGGUUUUGUUAAAUGAGAAAAUGUCUCUUGAUGUACAUU